CUUCCUUUUGCUGCUGCUUUUUCUCUUGUUUUAUUUGGUUUUUCAUCCCUCAACUUUUGCAUUCAAUGUGAUUGUAGUACAAUGGCAACUCUCAAGUUUCUUCCAGUGUGGGCUAGUGUUAGUGUUACAUUCAUGGUUGUGGUGGUAGCAGCAAUGUUCAUCUCAGCUGAAUCAACAAUCUAUGUUAACUUCAGUCGUGUUCCUCCACCGCGGUCGAGGUCUUCUAAUGCUGUUUUUCAGUUCCUAGUAGAAACUUUGGAUGGUUACAAUGCAUGUAAGGGAUAUAACUGUUCAUUUCAAUGUGAGCUUGAUGGCAAAGCGUACCCUUGCCAUGGUCAUGGCAUUGUGUUGAAGAACCUGACACAAAACCAGGAGCAUUACUUUCUUCUCAAUGUCACUACAAACAAAGGAGAAAGAAAUUCAUCAGUUUACUCAUGGUUCAUAGACACAAUACCUCCAACUGCAGCCAUUACUAGUGAAGAGACAUACACAAGUGGAAAAAGGGUAGCAAUUGAUAUUACAUUCAGUGAAGUAUGCACUGGAUUAGGUGGAUUCAAAUGUCAGAACUCAACAAACUGUGAUGUUCUGGUAGCUGGUCAUGCCCAGGUUGUUGCAUCUUCAUUCCAAAUUAUCAAACCAGGUUUUAAGUAUAGUCUUGACCUGAUUCUCUCCUCGAAAAUUGUGUACGGGCAUGCCGUGAUCUCGAUGGUGGAGAAUACUUGUGCUGACCAGGCUGGAAACAAGUUCAUGAGAACUAAUGGUUCUACUUUGAUUAUUCACUUUGAUAGAAGACCAGUAAUGGUGGAUUUUUGGACUUCUGUUCCAUCAUAUGAGUUGAAAAUUAACAGUAUCCCAAGAACUGUCAUUGCAACAUGCAAACCAGAGGACAUGAUAAUUUUCUUGGACUUCAGCAUUCCUAUAAGAAAUUCAACAGAGCAAAUUCUAAGUGCGCUACACGUUAACUCCAGUAUCUUAACCCCUUUCCAUGAUAGAAGUAACGAGGCACGCCGAUUUUCUUUCAUGCUCAAUAACAUCUCAAGAACUGAGAUUAUCACAAUUGAAUUACAAGCUACAUCAAUACUUGGAAGAACAGGCAUCCCUGUCUCUCCUGUUGCUCCGAUUACAUUCCUUUUCGAUUCCAUGAGACCUAGUGUGAUACUAAGGACCAGCUCCCUCAGUAGACCAAGGGAUUCUGACAUCAACAUCAUUGCCGAGUUCACAAAGCCGGUAUUUGGCUUCGACGCCUCUAUGAUAGAAGUCUUGGGAGGAAGAUUGACAAGGUUACAGGAUCUAUCCAGAGCUUUGUACUCAUUGACAGUCCAUGCAGAAUCAGAGAAUGAAGUGUCAGUUACCAUUCCUGCAGGGAAGGUAACUGAUAUUUCAGGAAAUGAAAAUUUGGCAUCCAACCAACUUGUAUUCAAGCAUUAUUCUGCCCCUGCAAUAUGCAUUGCAUUGUACUCAUUUGUGAGUGCUGGAACAAUAGCAACAUCACUGAUAGCUGCAAUGGUUUUGCUUUCCUCUGCAAAUCUAGAAGCAAUAAGCAUACUUGCUUUGGGAGGUGCAAACUGUCCUACUUCCAAUCCAUCAAUGAAUCUAAAUGGAAUGGUUGGACACCUUCAAGUCUUUGCGCUUACAAGUUGGUUUUCAGCUGAUCAACCUGUCAAAUACUUGGAGACAACAAGAGGUCUACGGUGGCUCAUACCUCAUCACAAGCUUCCUUGGACAGAUUCCGACACUUCGUCUUCAAUAUCAGAAAAAGAGAACCUUUCAGGGAGAACUAAUGGCCUGUCAGAACAUAAUUCUCGCAACAGAGAUCAUCAACUUCCAACUAAAAUUACCACCAGAUCGGGUUGGCUUCAUAAUCACCAGCAUAACAUAAGUAGGGCAAAUAUAGUUUAUGGUCUACCACUCAGUUCCAUUGAAUAUUUCAGUUAUUUCUUGAGGGGAGAACCAAUGUCUGCUAGCAUGGUCGUCAAAGGAAUGGAGAAUUACAAAGGGUGGCAGGACAUGGAGAUGAACUUAUUCUGGCUUGGCAUAGGAGGAGGGUGUUUAAUUUUAGCUCAUGUUUUCAUAAUUUUAUUCCUCCGGCGGAGGACAGGGAAGCCACCUCGGGGCAGUUUUUCAGUUCCUAGAUUUGAGCUAUUUAUUUUGAUUCUCUUGCUACCUUGUCUUUCUCAGUCGUCUGCUUACCUAAUAAAAGGUGGUUCAACAAGGGGAAUUAUAACAGGGGUGUUGUUGCUGGCAAUCCCUGCAGCAUUCAUCUUAUCAGUAUCCCUAUUUAUUACUAUUGUAAUCAACUCAGGAAAAUUUGCCCAGUACAAAGAAUUCAACCAAGUACCUAAUCAAGAAGUGUGGUACAAGAACUUAUGGUUCCUUUUUGUCGGGAAACCAACCACGGGAAAGUGGUUUUACAGGGAUGGAUUACCAUCUUCUUUCCUCUCAGGCUUUGGAAUUCUCUUUGAUAAUUGCAAGGGUUCUCCAGUGCUAGUCCUAGGCGAUCAGCAUGAACUAAAUACCAUGACCAAGUGGACCGAAAGCGGCCAAAGAGGGAAUGAAAGAAUUAAGGGGGUCAACUCAGAAGAUAGCAAUGAGGAAAACAAAAAUUCCAUUUUCAGAAGGGUACUAGGAUGCAUGCAACAAUACUAUAUCAUCCUUGACUUAUUAAGAAGAGUUGGUAUGGGAAUGAUAUCUGUAGCUUAUCCACCAGAAAAAACAAGUAAAAGCCUUUUUGCUCUGGUAAUUACAUUACUACAGUUUAUUUACUUAUUUACCAUAAAGCCAUAUAUCAGCAGGAGUGUCCAUGUUGUGGAAAGUGUUUCUCUCUUGUGUGAAGCAGGUGUGUUUGGUAUAUUUGUCAUUCAAAGUGGUUCAAAAUCAACUGAAGCCAGAACUUUGGAACUAAUUAUGAUAGUUCUUCUGUUACUAACCUUCAUUGCACAGCUUAUCAAUCAAUGGUAUGCUAUGGUAAAUACCUUAUUAAGACUCUCAAAGCCUCAGACUAACUCUUUAAGGCAUGGAUUAAAGCUUGCAGCCAAGGGAUUAAUUCUGCCUUUCCUCCCGAAGAAGCAUUGGCCGAGUGUUGUAUCGACAUUCUCCCAAACAGAAACAGAGCAGCUUUCAGUUAAUCCUGCGAGCUCAGGGACAGAACUUGGAAGAAGAAAAAGAGCAGGCUAUAUGGAUCCAGUCAGUGCCAUGACUGCUACUGUAGUUCCUGUGCAAAGUCCUCAUACACCUAGCCCCAAUGUGACUGAAAGACAAGAUCCCAGAAACUCAAAAGCAGCCACAAAUGCUCACAUAGAAGUGGAAGGUAUAUGGCUAACAGGACACAAAGCUGGAAUCAAUGAUGAGCUGAAGAUGUUAAGGGAGCUUGCAAAAGCUGGCUUCUCUAGGGACGACAGGGUGGAUGAAGCAAGUACCAGUUACACUUUAGAUGCGCAACUUCCAUCGGAUGAACCCUAUUUGGGUAUUCCAAAGCCAAGAUACUAAUGCUUAAGGGUGUUGGAAGUGUAUUUGCAGCUUACUGUACUUACUCAAAAAUCAUUGUAUAGCUUCUAAUGGUGUUAAACUCUUAGUGACAACUUACUGCUAAUGCUUCUCA